UCUCUCCUAAACAACAAGUUCAUUAAUUCACUCUCAAAACAAUUAAUCAAAAUAACUAAUGGUUUAUAGUGAAAAGUGCCAGUGCAAUGGAUAAAUUCGAGCAACACAACGAAGUAUCUACUUCUUAUAAUAAUAACAGCUUGAAGCACGAUUAUAAUGACUGCAAAAAUGGAUAUUAUGAAUACGCAAACGAAUUUUUGGAUAAACAGAAGAACGAACUACCAAAUACGUGUUAUGAACAAAAAGCUAAUUACCGAAUAAAAUUCGAAGACGGCUCGGCAUUAAACCAACAGAAUUUGAACACUCCAUUCUCUGUAAAAGAUAUUUUGAACAUAAACCAACCACAAAAUUUUACUUACGAACGAAACGAUCUAUGGAAAAGCGACAGAGAGCGAAAAAAUUAUGAGUACGACCCAAUUUAUCAUCAGAAUCAGACAUAUUGCCCCCCGGAUUAUUUCAAUCAAAUGUAUCCAAAUGUGCCUGUUCAUACAAAUGUGGAACAUUAUUGGAACCAAGAUAUUUACCACGAUCCUAAAAUAGAUGAUUAUUAUAAUUAUAAUCCGUAUGGCUGUCAUAAUUUGUAUCAUCAAAAUUAUGAACAGUAUCCAGAAUUAGUAGUACCUCCCCCCCAUCAUAUACUGCCAGAUGCAACUUCUAUAGUGGAAAUAGAUAGAGAAGCAGCCCCUAUCCCUGUCACACCAAUUUUAACGACAAAAAGAAGUUAUGAUGAUAGAAGUAUACAAGAAUUAGAGAACAUAUCAUAUUCCAGUACAGAAUCGUUUAAUAAGUCUCCUUUAUCGCCUCGAAAACACAACAAGGCUCCUGUCAAUAAUAGUAAAUCAGAAAGAAAAGACAAAAACGCGAAAAGAAAACCCCGAAUCCUUUUUUCACAUGGUCAAGUGCACGCUCUGGAAAUAAGGUUCCGAGCUCAAAAAUAUUUGACUGCACCAGAAAGGGAACAGCUGGCUAAGGUACUAAAUCUUUCACCCACACAAGUGAAGAUCUGGUUUCAGAAUAGAAGAUACAAGAGCAAAAGAAUCAAGUCCCCUGAAGUUUCGACGUCGACGGAUGCUAAACCAAGCAAAAAUAGCGGCCGAAAACUUUAUAAGCAUGGACACACUGAAGUGAAUGUAGCGAAUUAUGAUACAUAUGAUGCUGAACUUAAUUUAGAGAAAAACUUUAAUAGCAACGUUGAAAUGACAUCUAGUAUAUAUUUUGAUGAUAGUAUAAAUUAUGAUGACAACAUCGAAGAUAAGUAUUGUAGUAAAUUAGGUAUUAAUGAAAGUGGAGAAAGUCCUGGUAUACAAUAUGCACAAAAUAAGAAUAUCUAUACCUCAAACAUUGAUGGUACAUUAAAAGAAAUUUAUAAUGAAGAAAACAAGAAAUAUUUCCCUAUAAACUACGUUUGUUGAUAGGUUCUAGUUUAGUUUUCUACUGUCAGACUGAUUACCAAAGAGUAUUAUAGUGUUACUUUGUUACUAUUAUUAUUAAUAUUUGUAAUUCGGGCAUGACUAUGCAAUGCUAAAACUCUUAGAUACCUAUAGCUAAAUGUGCCAAAGUAUUAUAAAUUUUUAUUAUUGUUUUGUAAAUAAAUAUAAAUAUAUAA